AGGUAAAUUCCUAAUACAACCACAAACAUAACAAUGCCAAAUCCAUCAUGAAAUCCAACAAGCAAAUAAUGGUUUGUACCAAAAACCAAAUGGGGCAAUUCCAUCAUAUUGUUAGAAGUAUAGGUACUAUUUUGUAUUUUGUACAUAUUAAUGACGUGAGUAGGAGCUAGGGUUCUCUGUUGGCUAGUAUAUAUACUUGUGUAGAUGGCUGACCUCUGUAACUAUUCUCGGAAUAAGAUUCAAUCUCUGCCUUGUGCCGUGGACUAGUCUUGACGAUCAUCGUCAAGGAAACCACGUAAAUCUCGUGUCUCUCGAUCUCUCAUAUUUGUGUUUGUGUUUAUUAUCAUGGUAUCAGAGCCUCAGGAUUCUUGAUCGUGCCUGGGUAUCGUCGUGUGUUCGUGAUUGUGUCUGGCUGCUUCUGUGUGUUCGUGCGCGAAGCUUGGUAUUUGGGUGGCUUGUGAUUCUCGGUAUUAGACUGGCUUUCUUGGUUUUGGGUUGUUUCUUGUGCGCUGCCAUAGCCUGGUGUUUGCGUGGGCUGUGAUUCUUGGUAUUGGCCUGCCUUUGGCUCUUAGUUCUUCUCCUGUGUGCUGCGCCUUGUAUUUUCUGGUGAAGAUGGACAGCUCAAAGUCUGAUGUGGUGACCGUACGAUUUAAUGGUAAGAAUUUUGUGCUCUGGAAGUUUCAAUUCCGGCUUCACAUGCAAGAUCGUCAGUCAAUUUAUGUCAGCUCCCCGCACACCUCACCGGCUAGAUGUUCAACGUAUCUUGCGGUAUUUACGUGGGACACAGGAAGUUGGCCUGCUGUUUCCUGCAUACGGAUAUGCUACUCUCGAAGCAUACUCGGAUGCGGACUACGCAGGCUGUCAGGAUACUCGAAGAUCUACCUCUGGUUGGUGUGUGAAAAUUGGUCGUUCCUUCAUAUCAUGGAGAUGUAAAAAGCAGGAUCGGGUUUCGAAGUCUUCUAUAGAGGCUGAGUAUCGAUCCAUGAGUGAAGUGGCUUCAGAGAUUGAGUGGUUGAGGAGACUGUUGGCCGAGUUGGGUGUUCAGUGCCCUUCUCCGAUUCGCCUACAUGUUGGCAAUACGAGUGCCAUUCGUAUUGCAACCAAUCCGGUGUUACAUGACAGAACCAAACAUAUUGAAGUGCAUAUCCAUUAUGUUCGUCAACUGGUCACUGAAGGGAUAGUCGAGCUUACCUACAUCAGUUCUGAAGAUCAACCGGCUGACCUAUUGACUAAAGCAGUGUCUACUACACGUCAUUGGUUUCUAGCACACAAAUUGAUGUUACGUUAGCAUCAUCAAUUUGAGGGAGAGUGUUAGAAGUAUAGGUACUAUUUUGUAUUUUGUACAUAUUAAUGACGUGAGUAGGAGCUAGGGUUCUCUGUUGGCUAGUAUAUACACUUGUGUAGAUGGCCGACCUCUGUAACUAUUCUCGGAAUAAAAUUCAAUCUCUGCCUUGUACUGUGGACUAGUCUUGACUAUCAUCGUCAAGGAAACCACGUAAAUCUCGUGUCUCUCGAUCUCUCGUAUUUGUGUUUGUGUUUAUUAUCACAUAUAUCCAUGGUUUUGUAAAACCCAGGUUUUAACCAAAUAAGUAUAGGUGAUGGAGAUUCAGUGGUUGCUUUGUUAGCCAUAAGGUUGUGAUGUUGGGACAUAGUUGAUGAGUGCACGAGAGAGCAAGGAGUUGAUGUUGCUUGACGAUCCAAAUCAAUUAACAUGAAUGAGGGCUGAUGGAGGCCUCCCUCUUUUUUGUUGGAGUUUUCUGAUCUGCCUUAUUUGAUUGGAACGAGUAAGGGAUCUCCAUUUCACAUCAAUGACUAUUUUCGAAUACAUAUAUACGACCACUUUAUUAUUAUUAUUUUUUUCUUUUACAUAAGCUUGUCACAGGGUAUAUUAGGAGAACACUUCCCAUGGAGUAAGCAAAUAUAUUUCUCGCUAUUUAGAUGUAGGGUUGUUAAUGAGUCGAGCCGAACUUUGUAAUAGCUCAGACUCGACUCGUUAAUAAAUUUCCAGGUUCGAGCUCGGCUCGAGUUCGUCACGAGCUUUAAUAUGAAAGCUCAAACUCGGCGCGUUUAUGAAAAUGAAAGCACGAGCUCGCUCAUCAAAUAAGUUUAAUGAGUCCAAAAUCGAGUUCAACACAAAAUGUUCAUUAUAGCUCAAGAUUGAGCUAGAACUGAGCACAAAAUUACAUUCAAACCUGCAUCAAAGUCUAGCAAAAACAAAACACAAUAUUUAUCCCAAUUUCAAUACAUAAAAUCUAUGAAUUCCAAUCCUUUCUAAUGCCAAACCGUCAAAGACGAAUCGAGUCUCGAACUGAGUUUUUCUCAGGUCGAAUGUCGAGCCAUUCUUGAACGUCUUGGUUUGUUAACACCCCUACUUAUGCAAGUCGCCUGAUUUUAUAUACUGUUUUUGGUUUAUACAUAUAAUCUCACAUCAAUUAUACGCUAAUUUUCAAAAUUCCGGAUUUUAAAUCAUAUAAGUCUCUAGGCAUUUCGAUUUGGAAUUUUGGAUCCACUGUGUCUGUCUGGCCUCGGCAUAAGAAACCCAAGAUUUGGACAAUGAUACAAUCGCAACCCAAAUCCGUCAUAUCCCUUACCCGAGAUCUGCGCUAGAUUGGGCUUUUCCUUCGGUCCUGUCAUAAUGGGCCUUUGGCCUGCUUGAAGAAUCUUUUGUACCAAUGGUUCUCUCAGUAGUCAGUCAGUAGUAAGUAGUAACUCGCCAACUAAAAUAACAGCGAUUAGGCAGG